GGGCUGUGCGGCACCGCCUCUCCUCGGUGCCGGGGGAGGGACGGAGGGGCCGGCCGGGAGAGAGAGAGAGAGAGGGAGAGAGAGCCUGACCGACCGGCUGGCGAAGAGCUGCAUGCAACCGGUGGGAGGCAGGGCCGGCUGGGGCUGGGGCUGGGGCUCGGGCUCGGACCGUUUCCCGGCGCGUCCCUGGCGGUGAGCGCGGACGGCCCGGAGGCGGCGGCUCUGAGCUGGCAGGCGGAGGGCUGUCUCCCGCGCCCGCCUGCCCGGCGCGGUCCGAGGAUGCGGGGGGGCGAUGCCCGGGGCCAGGGACGCGCUCUGUCACCAGGCGCUGCAGCUGCUGGCCGAGCUCUGUGCCCGUGGGGCCCUGGAGCACGACAGCUGCCAGGAUUUCAUCUACCACCUGCGGGACCGUACCAGACCCCGGCUCCGCGACCCAGACAUCUCAGUGAGCCUGCUGACCCUUGUGGUCACUGCCUGUGGUCUUGCUCUCUUUGGCGUGUCUCUCUUCGUGUCUUGGAAACUCUGCUGGGUUCCGUGGCGAGAACGAGGCCUGCCUUCUGGUAGCAAAGACAACAACCAGGAGCCUCUUAACUACACGGACACAGAGACCAAUGAGCAGGAGAACAGCGAGGACUUCCUAGACCCUCCCACGCCCUGCCCUGACUCCUCCAUGAAGAUCAGCCACACUUCCCCUGACAUUCCCCUCUCCACCCAGACAGGGGUUCAGGAGAACUGUGCCCAUGGCAUCCGCGUGCAGCGCCAAGUCACAGAGCCAACCUCGUCGGUUCGGCAUAAUUCAUUCCGAAGACAACUCAACUUGUCAAACCCAGACUUCAAUAUCCAGCAGCUUCAAAAACAGGAACAGUUGACUGGAAUUGGUAGAAUUAAACCAGAGUUAUAUAAACAGAGGUCCUUGGAUAAUGAUGAUGGGAGACGGAGUAACAGCAAGGCGUGUGGGAAACUGAACUUCAUUUUAAAAUAUGACUGUGACUUAGAGCAGCUCAUAGUGAAGAUUCACAAAGCUGUCAAUUUGCCCGCCAAGGACUUUUCUGGAACUUCAGAUCCUUAUGUGAAGAUCUAUUUGCUUCCUGAUCGGAAAACAAAACACCAGACUAAAGUUCACAGAAAGACCCUGAACCCUGUGUUUGAUGAAGUGUUUUUAUUUCCAGUUCCCUACAAUGACCUUGAAGCACGGAAGCUUCACUUCUCUGUGUACGACUUUGACAGGUUCUCUCGUCAUGACUUAAUUGGCCAAGUGGUGGUGGAUCAUUUCUUAGACUUGGCUGAUUUCCCCAGGGAGUGCAUCCUUUGGAAGGAUAUCGAAUAUGUCACCAAUGACAACGUGGAUCUGGGAGAGCUGAUGUUUUCCCUGUGCUAUCUUCCAACGGCUGGCAGGCUGACCAUUACCAUUAUAAAAGCAAGGAAUUUAAAGGCAAUGGACAUAACAGGAGCAUCAGAUCCCUACGUGAAAGUCUCGCUGAUGUGUGAUGGCAGACGGCUGAAGAAGAGGAAAACAUCCACCAAGAGGAACACCUUGAAUCCUGUUUACAACGAAGCCAUAGUCUUUGAUGUCCCUCCCGAGAACAUUGACCAGAUCCACUUGUCCAUAGCGGUCAUGGACUAUGACCGUGUAGGUCACAAUGAGAUCAUCGGCGUGUGUCAAGUAGGCAACGAGGCUGAGAGGCUGGGCAGAGACCACUGGAGUGAAAUGUUGUCGUAUCCUCGGAAGCCCAUUGCACACUGGCAUUCCCUGGUGGAGAAACGAUGAUCAUGGGUAAGAGGACUGCUUGCACCAAGGACACAAUAGUACAACCACCUUACAAAGAUCUUAAGUAACUUUUUCCAUCCAGCAACACCCAGACGACUUCAGUGACCAAAUGCUCAGCUGUAACCACAGCAAUAACUGGCCUUCUUUCCAAACUGAGUUUGGUGAACCUGAAUGGUCCAGCCACCUUCUGCAGGUGACCCAAGGUGAUGUGCUGACGGCGAAGCAUGUCUCCUAUGGCCAAGAACCAAGAUUGGACUAUGAGCGAAAACAAAUGAUAGCUAUAGUGAUAGUACCAAAGGUACCAGGACUCAGUGUUUCAUAUGAAGCCCUUUGUGAUGAGGACACAGAAUCUGCCCUGGAAAUUGUUAUUCUAACAUGAUAUUAUUUUCUAGAAUGCCCUGGAAGGAAAGACUAUUUAAAAAUAUAUCCAGGUGCUAAAUAGGCAGCAGAUCUCAAUUCAUACAUGACUACCUUUGAGCUAAUGACUGUCUCCAGAAAAUAACUUUGCCCCAGUAAGUGCUCCAGAUUUGCAAGGAAUAGCUCCAGGAGAAUGAUAAGACAAGCAGGCUGUUCCCUGGAAGAAAUCUAGUGGCAAGGAGGGCUAGUUCACAGCAAACUCACUGCCUCUUUCCAUGCACAUAGUAGAGAGUACUAGUAUCAAUAUGGCCCUGUUUUCUGCUAAAACCAGAUUUUGAGGAAUCAGAGACCCCCAACACUAUUCCCUCUGUAGCCAGCAGCCACUUCCUUUCAACUGGGAGUAUUAUUAGAAUGAAAAGUAAUUGUUAUCCCGGUUAGAAGAGCAUACAUCUCAGUGGUAUGAGCAUGUGGAAUAUCCUUUCCUAGGCACGUUUGUCCACUGAGUUAACAGCCUCAGAAACUGGGGUAGCAAUAGGUGAGAUGAGAUCACGGAGAGAGAACACAGCCAUCCCCUAGAGAAAGGCACAGCUUUUGGGCUUCUUUGGCCUGCGUGCCUUCUGGGGUAUGUCCAUAUGCAACAGCCCAGAGUCAUAGCCUUGGGCAACCACACGCAGAGGUUUCCUUCUCACUUCAAACACAUACAUCUCUUUCACAGCACUUGGGGAUGGAAAUACCUACAAGAGUGAAGGUCAAGGGCACUCCCUGGGCUUCUCAUUCAUUACUCAGCUUCCUUCCUGACCAAGUCUGCCAACCAAUGGCCAGCUAUGCGCUUCAUCCUCAUUGCUCUGCCUCCAUAUAAAUGAAACUAAAGGCCCCAGCAUAUCCUGGGAGGACUAGGGGCUGUUACCUAAUGGUCCUCUGUCCCAUUAUAGGGGCAAGGCACCCCAUCCACACAUUUGCACCACUAUCCCAAGAUAAUAUUUUCCUUUUCACACAAUCUAUUUGCAGGAGAAUCUAGAUCUGGAUUGCAGUUUACUUUCCUGGAAAGCUCAUUAUCUUUGUUUCAAUUAACAUUUCAGGAUGGAACUAACUGGGUGGAAGAAGGAUGAUUGCAUGUCUUUAGAAAGUUCUCAUUGCCCCAGCUACCUAGUACUGUACAAGAACCUCUACCCUGAUGGCAGAUCUAAAAAGGCUGUAGGCCUUCGGUUGUAGGAAGCAGUGUCAUUACAUUCAAGCUUUACUUCUUAGAUUGGCUUCCAACCACUGGGAUUCAAAGAGAAUCCAAGGUUCUGCCUGUGUCUGAUGGCAUAAGGAAAAUUAAACUUCCUCUGCUCAAGGUUCCCCUCUGCUCAUCCCUCAUUCAGACAUCCUCCAACAUACCCAUGUUUAGAACCAAAGCACGAAGGGCUAGCGCCACCAGGAUAGUGAGCAGAAAUACUGUCUGUAGAUCCAGGCAGAUGAGCCCAGAAGAACGGUCCCAGAGAAAUCAGACUGGCCCUAAUAGAUAUCAGGCAGCCAUCCAAAUAAAUUCUGACAUGUCCUUGGCAAAAGGAUCCUGGGUUAGAGAUCCUGAGGCAGCUGUGCCUACUGUUCCCCAUCUCAGGAGCUUCCUGCCCAGAAAGCCAGCCGCCUUGGGAUACUAAUAAGGAUGCAACUGGCUUUAUAGGAGCAAGCAGGCAAAGAGGACUGUCCGCAUGGCAGGCAGGUAGGUUUGGGUCUGGAAAGCUUUGCCUAGCCAGUACAGCUGUGGCCAGAGGCUGGUUGUAAAUUUGAACUCCCUCAGCCCAUUUGCAACUCUGCCUCUGUUCUCUUGCAUUUUGUUUGGUUCUCCUUUAGUUUCCUAGUAAAUGUUCCUUUUGAAAAACUC